AUGGUGCAGAGUGCCGCGAAGACACUUUCAGAACGUAAAACAAACAGUGUGGCAGGGAGACCAAGCAACGCAUUGGCUGUCUCGCGUGCGAAACUGACAGAGCUGCUUGCUGGCCCUGACGGACUUCCGGCUCUGUUUCAUCGGGCCGCUCGGUUCGCCACAACGCACCAGCUGCACCAAGACAGCGCACUGAACGUUGAAAACGACGAGCAGGUGGAAUAUUUCUUAUUUGAGCUGUUGUGGUUGCUCCGAGACUGGCAAAGGAGCUUCGCACCUGGCCUGUCGCUUGCAGAGUUUAUCGCUGAGAUCGAAUCGCUGCCAGUGCGUACGGUACUGCAAUACGUUGAAGCCGUGGACGUGGGUACCGCUUGUCCGGACGGGCGCUUUGGAGACCCGACAAGUGUCGAGCUGCAGCAUGAAGUACCCGCACUCGCCGAAGAAGACGCUCUCGAGACGAGGUCUGUCGCAAGUUGUGCUUCAACGCCGAGCACGCGAGACGAAGCACACAUGACGUGUCCUAUCUCCGCUUCAAGUGCAGCGGGGACACGCCAGAGACUGCGGCAUGCCCGUGAGGUCUGCAGCGUCAGCACCAGCGUAAGCAGUAGCAGCGAGUCAUCAAGAGCCUCUGCCCGGGACCUGGCAUCCGCAGCAUCGAGUCGUCGUCGACAUAUCAUGCGUGCUUGCGAUGCGGACGCUUGUUCUGAAAGCGACCAAGAAGUUGACCAGAUCGAUUCUAUCCUAGAGAGGAUUUCGAAUGGUCAUCAAAGACGACUGCGGAAACUGGAAUCUUUGACGCCAUCAUCCCUUCAAGCGGUAUCGGAUGCUGAUCCAGAGCUGCAUCGCAGGCCUGACGGCUAG